AUGGACAGCGGUGCGGUCCCCACAAACGCCAGCAAUUGCACCGAUCCCUUGGCGCACUCUUGGAGUUGCUCCCCAGCACCUAGCUCCGGUUCUUGGGCCAACUUGUCCCACUCAGAUGGCAACCUGUCCGACCCAUGCGGUCCGAACCGCACCGAGCUGGGCGGGAGCGACAGCCUGUGUCCCCCGACCGGCAGUCCUUCCCUGAUCACGGCCAUCACCAUCAUGGCCCUCUACUCCGUCGUGUGCGUGGUGGGUCUCUUCGGAAACUUCCUGGUCAUGUACGUGAUUGUCAGAUACACCAAAAUGAAGACUGCCACUAACAUCUAUAUUUUCAACCUUGCUCUGGCAGAUGCCUUAGCAACCAGUACCCUGCCCUUCCAGAGUGUCAAUUACCUAAUGGGAACAUGGCCGUUUGGAACCAUCCUUUGCAAAAUCGUGAUCUCCAUAGAUUACUAUAACAUGUUCACCAGCAUUUUCACCCUCUGCACCAUGAGUGUUGAUCGCUACAUUGCAGUCUGCCAUCCCGUCAAGGCCCUGGAUUUCCGUACUCCCCGAAAUGCCAAAAUUGUCAAUGUCUGCAAUUGGAUCCUCUCUUCAGCCAUUGGUUUGCCUGUAAUGUUCAUGGCAACAACAAAAUACAGGCAUGGUUCCAUAGAUUGUACAUUAACAUUCUCUCACCCAGCAUGGUAUUGGGAAAACCUGCUGAAGAUCUGUGUUUUCAUCUUUGCCUUUGUCAUGCCUGUCCUCAUCAUUACAGUAUGCUAUGGACUGAUGAUCUUACGCCUCAAGAGUGUCCGCAUGCUCUCCGGCUCCAAAGAAAAGGACAGGAACUUGCGAAGAAUCACCAGGAUGGUGCUGGUGGUUGUGGCUGUGUUCAUUGUCUGCUGGACCCCCAUUCACAUUUAUGUCAUCAUUAAAGCCUUGAUCACGAUCCCAGAAACUACUUUCCAGACUGUGUCCUGGCACUUCUGCAUUGCUCUAGGUUACACAAACAGCUGCCUGAAUCCAGUCCUUUAUGCCUUUCUGGAUGAGAACUUCAAACGAUGUUUCAGAGAGUUCUGUAUUCCAACUUCCUCCACCAUUGAGCAGCAGAACUCCACUCGAAUUCGUCAGAACACUAGAGACCACCCCUCCACGGCCAACACAGUGGAUAGAACUAACCAUCAGGUAUGCAAUUUCUCGAAUUAG